UCGUUCUCAUGCUUUUGCUCAUGAACGAUUGGCGAUUGGAAAACACUUGGACUUCGAUUUGCCGCAUUUAAUCACUAUUGUCCGACCCUUGACCGAUUCAGAUGGAUAUGUGCACACCACAUAUACUAUAAAUACAUCAAUUAGCCCAUCCAGAUUGACAGAAUCAAUAGUCAGCGGUAAAGAGAGCAGUACCAGCAGCAGUAGCACCAGCAGCAGGCAGCGACGACAUUCUGAUAACGAUCUGUUCCAGUAGAAAGCAUUUUGUCGAAACGUCAGCGCUUGUGAAAUGGCAGCGGAACGAUUGGAUGUUAUAAUUUUCGGAGCCAGCGGCUUCACCGGAAAGUAUACGGUUUUUGAGGCGGUCACCGUGCUGAACGGUCUGCGAUGGGGCAUUGCCGGACGCAAUCGGGAGAAGCUGGAGUCGGUGCUGAAGCAGAUGGGGGCCAAGGCCAAGAAGGAUCUGUCGCAGACGCCCAUCUUCAUAGCGGACAUCAGCGACGAGGCCUCCCUGCUGGAAAUGGCCAAGCGGUGUCGCAUUGUGGUUAACACGGCGGGCCCCUAUCGCUUCCAUGGCGAGAAGGUGGUCAGCGCCUGCAUCGAGGCGGGCACGCAUCACGUGGACGUCAGCGGGGAGCCGCAGUACAUGGAGACGAUGCAGCUGAAGUACGAUCAGCGCGCAAAGGAGCGUGGUGUGUAUGUGGUCAGUGCCUGCGGCUUUGACUCCAUACCCGCCGACAUGGGCGUCGUCUUUGUGGAGAAGAACUUCGACGGCGUUGUCAAUUCGGUGGAAACGUUUCUGGAGAGUGGCGUCAAGGAAGGCGGCGAUUCCGGCACCCGUGCUGGCCUCAACUAUGGCACCUGGGAGAGCGCCGUCUAUGGGCUGGCCCACUCGGACGAGCUGCGUGGCAUACGGCAGAAGCUGUUCCCCCAGCGCUUGCCCAAGUUCUAUCCGCUGCUGAAGCAUCGUCCGUUGAUCUUCCGCUCCACAGAGGUGGACAAGAUCUGCCUGCCCUUCCCGGGCUCCGAUCGGUCGGUGGUGAUGCGCUCGCAGCGUUUCCUCUACGACCAGGACAAGAAGCGCCCAGUACAGAUGCACGCCUACGUCGGAUUCCCCUCCUGGAUAGCAGCCGCUGCUGUGGUUCUGUUUGCCAGCAUCUUUGGCCUGAUGUCCAAGUUCCAAAUCGGCCGCACUCUGCUGCUCAAGUACCCGGGCAUCUUCUCGGGUGGCCUGGCCUCUCGCGCCGGUCCCAGCGAGGACUCCAUGGAGCGCACCUACUUCAAGAUGACAUUCAAGGCAACUGGCUGGGCCCAGUCCGAGCGGCUGGCCGAGAGCACGGACCAGUACACGGAGCCACCCACCAAGACACUGAUGGUGCGCGUCUCGGGCAUGAAUCCUGGCUACGGCGCCACAUGUGUGGCUCUGCUUUCGACCGCUCUAACCAUCCUGCGAGAGAGCGACAAGAUGCCCAACAACGGCGGUGUCCUGGCCCCGGCUGCCGCCUUCUCCAAGACGAGCCUCAUCAGCGAACUGGAGAAGCACGAGCACGGCAUGAAAUUCGAGAUUCUGGCCAACAAGUGAACGCAUUCCAGUUGCGUGGUCGUAGUGGUUAACUCUUAGGCUCGACAAUGUCUAUUCCCCUGUUUGUUUAUUUUUUAAUCACUCACUCAAAUUUGUAGCACAAA